AUGUUCAAAAGAUUUGCAUUGAAUACUGCUAAAGCUCUUAGCAAACCAGCCUAUUCUCAACAACUUAUAUACCCUCAAGUCAGAUUCAUCACUCAGACGUUGCCAACUGUGGCGUGUGGGUUAAGACCCUUAGGCUCAGUUAGAACUUAUUCUCUCAGCACUGAAGGUGAAGCCAUAGAUGAUAAAAUUGAUAAAAUUACAGAUAAUGAAUACGCUAAAGUUUCCAAUGAGUAUUUAGAGAACUUGUCUGAUCUGUUGGAAGAAUUGAACGAAGAUUUUGAACAAGUGGAUUCCGAAUUGAGUCAAGGGGUUUUGACUUUGACAUUGCCGCCAAAUGGUACUUAUGUGAUUAAUAAACAACCACCAAAUAAACAAAUUUGGUUGAGUUCUCCUAUUAGUGGUCCUAAACGAUACGAUUUAAUUGGUGGGAAAUGGGUCACGUUACGUGAUGGGAGUUCCUUGACAUCAUUAUUACAGGAAGAAAUAUCUUCAGCCAUUGGUCAAGAAUUCACAUUCGAAAAUGUUGAACAGUAG